AUGUCCCAAGCAGCCCUCACCUUCCGCCUCGCCACCCCAGAAGAUGCGCCCCUCCUCCAGCCUCUCGUCCAAUCCGCCUACCGCGGCGAGACAAGUCGCAAAGGCUGGACAACCGAGGCCGACCUCCUAGUCGGCACGCGCAUCAACGUCGCCGGCAUCGUCGAAAAGAUCAACACCCCCCACAGCGCAGUCAUCAUGGCCUUCUCCCCAACCCUCGGAAACGCCCUCGUGGGCUGCUGCGAGGUGCUUCUCAAGCCGUCUCGGAAAAUCGGGUAUUUCGGCAUGUUCGCCGUCGACCCCACUCUUCAGGCCGGGGGGAUAGGGAGGCAGGUGCUGGCCAACGCAGAGCAGUAUGCGAGGAGCCACGGGGCGGAGAAGAUGGAGAUGACGGUUAUCUGGACAAGAAAGGAACUGAUUGAUUGGUACGUGAGGAGAGGGUACGCGGUGACGGAGGAGAGGAGGGAGUUUCCGCAUGAGGAGCUGGCCAAGAUGGAUGGGGAGAAUAGGGCGCUGGUGGAGGACUUGUGGUUCAAGGUGUUGGUGAAGGAUUUGUGA